GUGUGUAUUUGCUUUACUGGCGACAGAAGUGCAGGUUGGGGCAGGGUGGGUGUGUGACGCUGUGUAUGAGGGGAGUAUCCUGAGCUCCCAGCUCUCAGUCAUUCAUACACUCGAGGUACACACACACACACACACACAUAAACACAGGGGAAGAGAGGAGACAGCGGCAGCAGAUCAGCUGUGAAGCCCGAAAAUAAGAAGAGUGGAAAAAGAACAAGAGACGGAAAGAGAAAAGAUGACAAUUGGCAAGAACUCCAGGAACAGCUCAGUGCGGAGCUCCGUCCGGGCGCCAAAGUUCCUGGACAAAUCCAGUGGCUUCUACGGUCGCCUUGACGAGCCUGAGGCCGCCGGGGAAGGAGGCGAGAGGAGGAGAGAGGAAGUAGAGGAGACGUGUCGCAAGACGGGGGACAGCGACACAGACGGGGGAGUCGCCGGCAGCCCGAGGGUGGUGCAUGUUUCAGGGGCAGGUGAGAGGGAGGAAGUGGAGGCGUUUGACCUGGAUGAAGGGAUGAUGGAGGACGACGGGGAGACUCUCCUCCAGAGGAAGCCCGGCCGCCGCAGCAGCAGGUGGAGAAGGAGCUCCAGGAGGAAGCAGGAGGUGCGGAGAGGCGAGGAGGACACAGGGAGUCCAGUUGACCCACACGCCGCAGAGGACAGCAGGGUGGCGAUCGAAGUGGAGACGGAGGAAGGGAAGGAGACGGAGGAAGGGGUGGAGGAAGCGGGGAAGGAGCCCGCGCUCGUCCACUUUCCGACUCGGGGGGAUGCGGACGACCAGGUCCUGAUCAGAGACAAGAAGAGGAGGAUGGAGGACGAAGGAGAUGAGGAGGAGAGGAGGAUGAAGAGUGAGCAAGAGGAGGGGAGGAAGGCCGUGAAGAGGAACACGGCGAAGAAUUAUCGCAAGGCCUUGGACCGAGCCUUCCGCCGCGGCUGGGAGGCCUUCAUCGCCAACCUCUACAGCGUCACGCUCACACCCGUGACAUCGUCCUCACCGCCAUCUUCUGCGCCGUCGCUGAAGAAGAAACAGCAGCACAACUCCGUGUUGGCCGAGUUUCAGUAGAAACUGGACAAUAAAACGAAACCCUUUGUAGUAUUUAGUUUGACCGAAUGCUCCGUGCUGUGAUGGACUGUCCUGCCCGAGGGACGUUGCUCACAUUUUUUACUUUUAUCACAGUGACCACAUGAUGCGGGUCACACGUUAGGCCUCAGAAACAUUGAUUAUUUGUGCAAAUGACUAAGUCCUGAUUGCUCAUCAUAAGGUUUACGGCCUCCUCUCACAGGGUUCAGUGUCUCGGUGGCUUUUACAGUGAAGUCUAUGGGCUUGAAUGGAAAAGCCUCCAUGUGACUGAGUUCAGCUGCUGCCGGUUUCCCUCGACUGUGUCGCCAUUUCGAGAUCCGGUCUCAGCAGCUUAGCUCCUUAAUCGUGGUCCCUCAUCAAGAGCUUAGGGUACGAAUAAGAUUUGCAUCCUUUUGUUUUGCACUGUGAAACUACAAACGUGUUGAUGUGCAACCGAAAGGAAUGGAAAUGUUCGGCCGCAUGAGCAUUGACUGAUGAGUGGACUUUAGUUUUGGUACGUUAAUCAGUGAUAUUUAUUGCUGCCUGAGAGAUAAUCAGUAAUGAGAAGAGGACAAACGCACACAGCUAAUCCGUAUUUAGACAAAGUGAUCGUGAUUAAAGAAGAUUUUUUUAUUAUUUUCAUAUUUUUUAAGAAAUGUAUGUUUUUUUCAGAGAUUUAAGCGGGUUUUCCAUCUGUGUGUGCACAUAUAUACGCAAGAGUAUGUCAGUGUUUGACUUCCUCACUGUGUGUUCUGGUGAAGGUUAUUUAACCUGAAGGGACGAGGCAGGAGUGUGUGCAUGUGUGUGCAUGUGUGCGCAAAUGAGAUGAGAUCUUUGUUUUAAUAUCGCCAUGGUUCUAAAUCAGAGUGUGUUUCGGUUGUUACCGCUGCAGCUGCACAUCAUGUUUGUUUUAGAAGUUUCAGUGACCUGAAACAUCACCAAUUGGCACCUUGAAAUUCAAAAUAUAGUUAAUUUUACGCCAUGCAUUCAAAUAUGCAACUGGUGGCAAGAAGACAUCAUAUAAGUGAUUCAGGUGAUUUUGUAAUACUUUUUAAUUUACCCUUGUUACAAUGAAAUUCUAAUAUUUAUAAUAGUCCUGCUGUCAUUCAACGUUAUCCACUUAAUAUCACUUUAUAUAUGUUUUACCUCUUGCAAACUAGACUGAAUAGGCAACAGUUGUUGUGGUUGUAUGUAAUGAUUGUCUAAAAAUGUGCUGCAUUUUAUUUUUAAAUCCUUUUGUAUCGUAAUCAAAUAAUCUGAAGUCAUCAAACAUAAAAAUAAGCACUUUUCUGAAUAAAUAAAGACUUAAUUUAUUGCA